UCACAAUCCCUAAUCGGCAAUCGCGACUCCUCUCUUCCUCUCUGCGACUCCUCUUCCUCUCCGAUGAGACCACGACUCCUCUUCUCCAUCUCCAGUCCCGACUCCCAAUCCGACGGCCGCCCUCCCCCCUGCUCUUACUUUGCUCCAGCUCCGCCUCUCCAACACCAUUACCGGCCGCGCCCUCUCCGGCUCUCCCUGCUCCUCUGCCCCGCCACCCUCUCCGGCUCUGCUCCUCAGCAACUCCUUCACGUCGUCGACUCCGCCGCCAGACACUGAGACACGCCACCAGGUAAGUGAGAUGUUAAGAUCCCCCUUGUUCUUGGAACAAAGGGUUUCAUGAGUUUGUUUAUGCUUACUGCAUCAUCUUGUUGAUAUAUGAUUAGAGCAUCACAAUAGGUAAAAUUUCUUAUGCUAUAUGUUUUACCCGCCCUAUAUUCAUUCAAUUACCAACUGGUGGUCAAUGUAUUGAUGCAUUCCAUUUUGUUGUCAUUGACAGCUUGGUGAAAGGACAGCAAACUUAUUGAAGCAUCUCUUCCCAGUGCCAAAGCCAGAUACAAAGCGUAUACUCACUUUUGCAAAUCAAUCAGACUAUAUCUCGUUCGGGUGAGUUUAACUGUCAAAAUUACUUGGUUCUUUUUACUCCUAAAAAUACUUGUAAGUUAUCAUAUCACAUAAUAAAAAGAUGUUUAUAAUAUCAUCCUUACUGCUCCUUAUUUUUUCAUUGCGUUCCCUUAACAAUGAUUUGCUCUUCACUUGAGUCGAGUGUAUGUCAUCAUUUCUGUUGUGAUUGUUGAUUCCAGUAAGGGAUAAUGCGAACACUCAUAUUUGUGCUUUUGUUAUCACUUAUCACUACCGAGUCUGCGAAUUCAUGCAUCACAUGAAUUUUCCAUUUUCUCCUAACAUUUGCUCCUGAUAAUUGAUAUGUGCAGGCAUCAUGUUUAUGAAAAGCGUGGUGGUCCCAAGUCUGUCGAGCUUAGGGAGAUUGGUCCUCGUUUUGAAAUGCGACUCUAUCAGGUAACUCUUGGUUACCGAAAUCAACUUGGGUCUUGAAGUUCCUCUCUCUGAUUAGUUGGAAAGGACCAAAGCGUCAGUCAGUGUAACCAACACCAACAAAUUGGGUGCUUACUUAUCAUCAUUAGUUCAAUCAUUAGAAACUAGGAGUACAUAAUGAUGAACGCUUUUGAUUCCAGUAAGGGAUAAUGCGAACACUCAUAUUUGUGCUUUUGUUAUCACUUAUCACUACCGAGUCUGCGAAUUCAUGCAUCAUAUGAAUUUUCCAUUUUCUCCUAACAUUUGCUCCUGAUAAUUGAUAUGUGCAGGCAUCAUGUUUAUGAAAAGCGUGGUGGUCCCAAGUCUGUCGAGCUUAGGGAGAUUGGUCCUCGUUUUGAAAUGCGACUCUAUCAGGUAACUCUUGGUUACCGAAAUCAACUUGGGUCUUGAAGUUCCUCUCUCUGAUUAGUUGGAAAGGACCAAAGCGUCAGUCAGUGUAAUCAACACCAACAAAUUGGGUGCUUACUUAUCAUCAUUAGUUCAAUCAUUAGAAACUAGGAGUACAUAAUGAUGAACGCUUUUGACCUCAUCCCCCCCCCCAUAAACAAACUGAGUUGGAUGGCUACCUCAAGGAGAAAGUCCUGCUCAAGACAGCUGGAUUUGACAUUUUAUUGUGGUGGAAGGCAAAUGAGUCAAAGUAUCCGACUUUAGCAUUGAUUGCUAGAGACAUACUUGCAAUUCCAGUGACUACUGUGGCUUCUGAGUCUGCUUUUAGUGCCGGUGGAAGACUAGUUAGCCCUAGUCGCAGUAGACUUCUCCUAGAAACUGUUGAGGUUCUAAUGUGUGCUCAAAACUAGUUGCUCAAUUCAACCAUCCCAGGUAGCUUGAUAACCUUUGAUUGUUUGAUUUCACAUAUGAACUUUAAUACAUGUUUUGAGUUAUGAUAUUGUUGGUUACCAUUAUUUGCUAACUUGCUAUCCUAUUUGCAGAUGGCUUGAAAACAAUUGAUAAGCUCAUGACUUAUGGCACUGUUAAUGAUGACCUAGAUCCAGAUUGUGCUUCAUGUGUUACCGGUAUAUUUAAUAUUAUAAUUAUCUUCUUUAAAACAUCCAUCUUUCUUAUGUUUGUGGAGACAUUUUUAAUUUUGGUCUAUCUAAUUCUGUAGAAUGAAGUUGAAGUUAUGGAGCUGAGAGUGAAGCUAAGAUGACAAUGUUCAAGUUCUCAAGGAGGAGGAAACUUUAAUUAAUCAUGUUGUGUAUUGAUAAUUUGUGACUUUGAAUUUUCUAGAUUGGAGUUGAACAAUUUGUAUGGAUAGUGUGUGAUUUGCUUGAAUUUUCUAGAACGAUGUUUUAUGUAUGGAUAGUUUGUAUGGUGAGAUUUAUGCUUGAUUUUUAUUUUGAUAGUUUCUUGUUAAUUAUUAUUUUAUAAAAAUUUUACCAAAAA